AGGGAUCUCUGGAUUUCAUGCAGCAGAUUCGUUUCUUGAUUAGUAAUACUUUAUGACGUGCACGAUUUUCAAACGUCAGUAUCUCCAUCUCCGAGUUUACCCACGUACUAUAAUACUCAUUAAAAUACUUUUAUUAUUUAUACUAAAUUUCUCAUAAAUAUACAAUAUGUACGUCAGUAUAUGAAUUUUAAUUUAAUAGACCAUAAAUAAGUUAUUCGUAAAAAUAAUUUCUUAUUGUUUCUUCAUUAUUGUACGCCAAUUUCAGUGAGAUGAAUAUUUUUGUAAGCAAACAUUUAUAGCGAAUUAUAUAUAAGAAUAUAAAAAGUAUGACGCUUUUGAAUGGCCGUACUUUGUUUGCAGGACCGUUUUAAAUCCUUCAUUAAAGCAUUAAUAAAAUGUCAAUCAAUUCUUUUAAUAGUAUUGAAUGAACCGGUAUUUGAAUUGUGCCAUUCAAGGCUAUCGAACAUCUGCGAUCAUUUUAGGCAGGUAAAAAGUACCUCUACAAAGAGAUAUCAGUCAGCAUUCUUCAAAAUUUUAUGAGCAAUCGCAGCAAUAAAAUUCUCAAACAUUGUAUCGCUUUUACAAUCAUUAUCGCCAAGUCUUUUAUGGCAUGAUUUUGAUUCAAUCAUUCGCGAUAUGAAAUUUCGGCCUAAUCAGGAAGGCAAAGCUUUUUUUAUUGCUAAUUUGGUGAUGCGACACCGAGUGGGCGAGAUCAGAAAUCAGAAUCCAAAAAGCUCCUGUAAUAGGUCCAUCCGUAGAUUACGCUCUAAUUGCAAUGUUUGUUUUAUCAUAAUGAGGCUCCUAAGAGCUUAAGGUAGACCGCUGGACUUAGCUGCUGUAGAUGAUAUUUUCACGAAAUAGACGGAAAUCCUCCAGGAAAGGAGGGGACUGGCAGGGUAUCCUGGUGGAGGGUAUAGAUCAGGAGUGGAUAUCGCUCCACCAUGGUGGGGGAAGAUUUACUGGAAAGAGAAGCAACAAGCGUCAACCCUCAGGAUGGUCAUUUCCACGCUGACUCUCAUCGGUACAGGUGAGUACAGUCCUCGGAUGGACGAGACUGAUUGAAGAGAUUAAACAGUUAACACGAAUUUUUUAUAUUCGAUUUCUCUCCAACAUCAAGAACUCAGCAGAUUGAUCAAAGUAUCCUCUGAAGACUUUCAGUCAUCAUCAUCUAAGAGAUAAUGGGUCGACAUGCCUGCGUAAUCAUCCUUCUGGCAGUUUGCGCUCUUUGGUCCAUCGGAGAAGCGCUUUCCUGCGAUCAGUGCGGACGAGAAUGCGUUAACAGCUGCGGAACACGUCAGUUCCGAGCAUGCUGCUUUAAUAAUCUCAAGAAAAGGGUUCCUGAUCUUGGAUUUAAACUCUGGAUGGCACCACCUAGGUACACUGGACAUCUGCAUCUCAUCUACGAUGCGUAACGACACGGCUGCUCAACAUUUCGAUCGAC